GAGAUGAAGGACUCGGGCAGCGUGGUCCUGACAGCCUACCAUCCCCACAGCCCGGCCAGGAUGGCGGGUAUGGAGCAAAGCUUUGUGCAGGACAUCCCCGCCGGCCGUUCGCCCACCAGCAGGAAGUCUCUGCCUCGGUCUCGAAGAAUUAACAGGAUGCUUUCCAACGAGUCAACAUCUCCUCCUGCGUUCAGUCGCUCCAACUCACAAGCCUCCAUGGACAGCACCUCCAUGGAAGACUUCUGGUGUGAAGUGGAGAGCAUCAAGGAGAGCAGUGAAGAUGCAUCUGAAGAAGCAACACUAUUGGAGUUCAAACCUGCUGAUGAAGGGGAGCUGGAGGCAGAAUGGCUGCAAGACGUUGGUCUGUCUACGCUGAUCUCAGGAGCUGAAGAGGAGGAUGGCCAAGCCCUGCUGUCCACUCUGACCCGAACACAAGCUGCUGCCGUACAGAAGAGGUACAACACCUACACUCAGACCUUGAGGAAGAAGAACAAGCACACAGUCCGGGAUGUGAGAGACAUCUUUAGCCCCAGUGACUCUUCUCCGACAUUUGAGGCAGUUCCAGUGUCACCAGUUUCUUCUAAUGGUAUCCAGCUUCCUGGGCAGAAGCCUGUUUGGAAAUCAGUUAGCUCUAACAGCUGUCUAGACUGUGGACUAGAUAAGGGCAGCCCAUCCAUAACAGAAGAGCUCUCCUAUGAGGUCUCCUUCUCAGAAUCCAUUACAGUCCUUCCAAAAACUCAAGAAUGGCCAAAAAACCAGAGGUUCAAAAAAGAAGACUCUGCUUUGCCUAAAUUCCUUGUUCGGAAGAGCCGGUUUGGACUGACAGAGGUAGGAGACCUCUCUGCUGAAGACAUGAAGAAGAUUCGCUACCUCUCCCUGAUCGAGCUCACAGCCUUCUAUGAUGCGCUGGGGGUGGAGCUGAAGAGGAACCGCACAGAGAGGGUGCGGGGACGAGAAAACGGUCUGUUUGGGGUCCCUCUCAACAUACUGCUGGAGAAUGAUCAGAAGAAGGUUCCUGGAAUAAAAGUUCCCCUCAUCUUUCAAAAAUUGCUGCUCAAGCUUGAAGAAACAGGUUUAGAAACUGAAGGAAUUCUACGAGUGCCUGGAUCUGCCUCUCGAGUCAAGAAUCUCCACCAAGAACUUGAAGCAAAAUUUUACGAAGACACUUUUGACUGGGACCAAGUACGAAACAAUGAUGCAGCAGGACUGCUGAAAAUGUUUAUUAGAGAGCUCCCAAGCCCGCUCUUCACAGUGGAAUAUCUGCCUGCUUUCAUCACACUGGUGGAAAAAAUCUCCAAGAUCAAGUUACAGCUUCAAGCUUUGCACCUGUUGAUCAUGCUGCUGCCUGAAGCCAACAGAGAUACAGCCAAGGCCUUUCUUCAGUUCCUGAAGAAGGUGGUGGCUAACGAGGGGAAAAAUAAAAUGAAUCUGUGGAAUGUUUCUAUGAUUGUGGCACCAAACCUCUUCAUCUACAAGGGGAAACGUGCAAACCAACAAGAAAUGCAAGCAGCGGCCACCACGGCGCACAUCGUGCGGCUUCUGAUUCGGUACCAGGACAUCCUGUGGACAGUCCCAUCUUUCCUGAUUUCCCAAGUGAGAAAAAUGAAUGAGGCAGCAAUGAACAACAGCAAGAGGCAGCUGAUGUUUGACAAAGGAGUGAGAAAACUUCUGAGGAGAAAGACCAUGGAACGGGAAAGACCUGAAAGACCAGAGGGAGGUGUCACUUUCCCACCAUACCUGCAGUCUGACAUACCCGAGGGAGUGAUAAGAGUUUAUGCUCCUCUACAUUCAAAAGUCUCUAUGGCAAUUCAGCUUAACAGCCAAACAAAAGCCAAGGACAUCCUGGCUCGGUUCCACUGCGAGAACAGCCAUGGAUCAUCACAGAACAUGAGGGGCCAGAUCCAAAGUUUACAUGAAAUUGGAGGAAAUAUAGGUCAGCACUGUCUGGAUCCAGAUGCGUACAUGUUAGAUGUUUACCGUGCAAACCCUCAGGCAGAGUGGGUGAUAAAGCCAAAAGCAAGCUGA